AUGGCCAUGAGAAUCGGUGGACUUGAUGUCCUAUACAAGAAAGCUCUCCCUCUUUCGGAUCCAGCUGCCAAUUUCGAUGGAUUGAAGCCUUCCAAGCAGGUCCUACCCAAGGGAUUCAGGAAGACCCCAGCGAACAGAGAGUUCUCCGGCCCAACCAUCUGGGAGAGAGAUGUCGCCGUGCCGAUGCGUGAUGGUAUCAUCCUCCGCGCUGACAUCUUUCGCCCUGCAGGCACUGAUGAGAAGGUACCUUGCAUUCUCGUCUGGAGCCCAUAUGGCAAGUCAUCUCAAGGACGUUUGUCGAUGGCUGUCGUUCAGGGCAAUGCAGGUGUCCCAGAAUCCGAACUCUCAGGAUUCCAGAGCUUCGAGGCGCCAGACCCGGCUGAAUGGGUUCCUCAUGGCUAUGCAAUUGCAAAUGUCAACGCUCGGGGAGUUCUUGGGUCGGAAGGGAGACACAGAUGGCACGGAGUCGGUGAAGGUCAGGAUGGUCACGACACCAUCGAAUUUCUUGGUACGCGAGAAUGGUGUGAUGGUAAUGUUGCCAUGAUGGGAAAUUCGUGGUUGGCGACUGCGCAAUGGUUCAUUGCCGCCGAGCGACCACCACAUUUGACAUGCAUGCUUCCGCUUGAAGGGCUAAGCGAUGUAUAUCGGGAAACUCUGUGCCGUGGAGGAGUCCCAUUCAAGCCUUUCUGGGCCUUCCUGAUGACCACCUUUUUCAGAUCCCAAGGUGAUGAGGAGCAGGAGGACGUCAUCUCAAUGAUCGAGAAGUACCCUCUUAUGAAUGAGUACUGGGAGGAUAAGCGUGGCAAAGCUCAUCUAAUCGAAGUCCCAACCUAUGUGCUAGCGAGUAUGUCUACUUUGCUACAUACCGAAGGAUCAACUCGAUGCUAUGAAGAGAUUCCCCAUGAUAAGAAAUGGCUCAGAUUGCACGGAACACAGGAAUGGCAUGACUUGUAUCAAAAAGACUCGGUCGCAGAUUUCAAGAAGUUUCUUGAUUUCUAUAUGAAAGGCAUUCAAAACGACUGGGAAAGCACUCCAAGAGUACGAGCGACCUUUCUACGAUAUAACCAACCUCCUAUUGAAAACCUACCGUUCUCUAGCUGGCCAGUUCUGGAAGCCAAGUAUGAGAAGUUCUUUUUCUCAGACAAUGCCAAGCUUGCUGCCAGAUCACCACCGACCAAGGCUACCGUGUCCUUCCUAGGUGAUGCUCCAGCCAUGCAGAUGGACAAUGACCCCGAAGAGGUUGUGUUUGAAUACACAUUCGAGCAGAAAACGAGACUUCUAGGAACUUCCAAGGCUGUGCUGUACAUGUCAUGCCCAGACCACGACGAUUUUGACGUCUUUGUCCAGCUGAGAAAGGCGGAUAAGGACGGAAAUAUCUUGACGCACAUUAACAUUCCUAUCAAGGACCUUGGCGUUGCGUCAGGAAAGGAUGUUGGGGAUAUCAAUCCGCUCAAGUUCCUGGGACCUGCGGGAGUUUUGAGGGCAAGUCAUCGCGCUAUUGACCCGAUCCUUUCAGAGCCUCAUCGACUCCAUCACGAUCACACAAAGCAAGACAAAGUUCCUCCUGGUGAGAUUGUGAGACUUGAUAUCCCUAUCUGGGUCGCUGCGAUUGAGUUCGAUGCGGGCGAGAAGUUGAUGGUCAAGGUUGCAGGACAUGAGAUGCGGUUGGCCGAGUUCGAACCUCUACGGGGACAAUUUCAUACAGACAACAGAGGCAGGCAGGUUGUACACUUCGGUGGGGAGUUUGACAGCCAUGUUGAGAUUCCUUUUGUGCCUGUUUCUUAG